UUGACCAACUGAGACGCUCGAGAGAGAGAGAGAGAGAGAGAGUUGCAAUGCCGUUGGGGAAGUACGACUGCGAAUACUGCGACAAGCAAUUCCAAGACACUCCAUACGCUCGGAGACGCCAUCUUCAGAGCCUCCAACACCUCCGAGCCAAAGCUCAAUGGUACGACUCUUUCAAAGAUCCCAAUGAUGCUUAUGCACAAAGCUUGGGAAGAGGGGUCUGCAACCGCUUUAUCAAAACGGGGUUUUGCCAAUAUGGGGAUGCUUGUAAAUAUUUUCACCCCAAGAACAAUCAGCAGAAUACAAUUACUCAAGGGGCAUCAGGUGUCACUGAUAAUAGUCAGUCUUCAACUUUUCAAGGGAAUCAAACGGCUGCAGGCAGCUCUUUGCCAGAUGUGGUGGUGAGAGAUAACAUGGGAAUGUCAUGGGGAAAUCUACCUCCAUCGCUAAUGCCUCCUCCGGAGGGUGGAUAUCCUCCGCUUCCUUUUGUGGACUGGGGAUGAGUCCUCUGUGUCUUUCAUCCACCAUUUAGGUAGUGCUGUACCCAUACAUGUUACUAGCUUAGCUGCACAAUGAAACAUGGAUGUCUCUCAGCAAAAUGAUGUGAUAUGGAGACUGUCUUCAAGCCAUGUAGGGUUGUAGCUUUUGUUUUGUAUCAAUUCACAAUUUCACAGAAACAUGUUGUUCAUGUCCUUCUCUGUUGAAGAGAAUGUGUUGCACCUUCUACUAUAAGCUCAUAUUAUAACGAGGGUGCUUUGUCUAUAUUGUUCUCAACUGUUAUGCCUGGGCCUAUGACUUUUCAAGAC